AUGCUGAAUACUGUUCAGAUGCAACAAAUCGCUGCCUUUCCAUUGAAUUACCCAUUCAUCUUCGGCACCGACGUCGCAGGAACCAUCGUCCAGCUUGGUUCUCGCGUAUCACGAUUCAAGCUUGGUCAAAGAGUCAUUGGCCUCCAGUGCCCUCUUUGUUCAACUAAAUGCUCCCUUGCCUUCCCUCAAACCCAAACCUACCGGGAAAACGGUUCUGAUCUGGGGGGCAGCUCGUCGGUUGGAAUUUCUGCCAUCCAGCUUGCGCGCGAUGCAGGUCUCGGGGUGAUCGCGACGGCCAGCGUCGCUAACCACGGUCUUGUGAGGGAGCUGGGCGCUUCCCAUGUCUUUGACCAUAAGAACCCCGGUGUCGUUGAUGAAAUCUUAGCCCUGCUUGAGCCGGGCGACUUGGUGGUGGAUUGUAUCAGUGAUGUUCACACCCAGGCAAAAUGCGGGGAGAUUCUGUCGCGGAUCGGUGGCGGCAGACUUCCAAUAAUGCUCCUCCCUGAUGGAUCUGCACCUGAAAAUGUAGAGGCUGUCUUCGGAUAUUUUCACAAAGUCAAUGGCUUGGACCCCGGAUUUUCGAGUCCAGAGGUUGGUGAUGCGGUGUGGCGGAAAUACAUUCCUGCUGCAUUGGCUGCUGGGACAUUCCAAACGAAGCCGGAGCCCCUCAUCAUCAAGGGUGGUCUGAAGAAAGUACAGGAGGGUUUCGAUAUACUUCGAAGGGGCGUCUCGGCCAAAAAGGUGGUCAUUGAAAUUUCACAAGAGGAGCCAAAUUAG